AUUCCUCACUGCAUCGCGGUUUCAUCCACGCGUUGAUCUAGUAGCCUCCAUGGAUGUAGUUGGAUAGCAAUAGCUGGUAGGAGACACACACGGCUGAGUGUAAACGCCUGCAACAUGAAGAAAGUGUUCACUGCAGAACAGAUUUCGGAUUGGUUCACCUCGGGGACGACGUUUGCUAACAUUAAACUCACAGAGGAAGUGGUUGAGAGAAAGUUGGAUGAAGCUCCGUCGAGAGAGAUCAGCCCGUCAGAGGUUCCAGAUGAGGGCUCACCGAAAAAUGUGAACUGUGAUGGAGGGCAGUUUAAAAAACCAGAACAUGCUAGGAGUACUGCUCCUCCUCCACUUGCCAGCUACGAGUACCCCAGCUUGCCCAUAACCAAAAACAGAGAGAAGCUGAUUUCCCUCGUAGAAAACAACUCUGUAGUGAUCAUUCGAGGAGCCACAGGCAGUGGCAAGACCACCCAGAUGCCACAAUACAUUCUGGACCACUACAAUGAGAAAAAUUCCUCGUGCAACAUUGUGGUCACCCAGCCACGCAAAAUUGGGGCCUCCAGUGUUGCCCGAUGGGUUGCCACACAGCGGAAGUGUACCCUGGGUAGUCUGGUGGGAUAUCAGGUUGGACUGGAGAGGAUGGCUACUGAGCACACCCGGCUCAUCUACAUGACUACAGGAGUGCUGCUGCAAAAACUGGUUUCAGCCAAGUGCCUCACAGAGUACUCCCACAUUUUCUUAGAUGAGGUUCAUGAGCGCACUGAGGAGAUGGACUUUCUCCUGCUGGUUCUGAGAAAACUUCUUCAUUCCAACUCAUGUUAUGUCAAGAUCAUCCUUAUGUCCGCCACCAUUAACUGCAAACAGUUUGCUGAGUACUUCGGCACCCCAAUUCGUGGCAAAAUGAACCCGGCCUACGUGUUUGAAGUGGAGGGGACACCCUAUGCCAUUGAGGAGUUUUAUCUGGAUGACCUCCAAAAACUGUUUCCGUACAGGGUUGAGUCACCUCAUCUUGAUGACCCUCACAUUUCAGUGGAGAUGUACAAUCUUGCCAUCAGUCUCAUCCAGAGCUUCGAUGAGAUGGAGGGCAAAGAUCCCAGUUUGAGCAGCAAAACAGAGAAAAAAGGUGGCUUGACUUCAUCAGAGCGGGGCAGCGUUCUGGUUUUCCUUCCUGGUUUAAACGAGAUAAGCUACAUGCACGAGGCCUUGACCAAGCUGGUCCACAAAAGACUGCAGGUUUAUCCUCUCCACUCCUCUGUGACUCUGGAGGAGCAGAAUGGUGUGUUUCUGCUCCCCGUCCCUGGAUACAGGAAGGUCAUCCUUUCCACCAACAUCGCUGAGAGUUCGGUGACUGUUCCAGACGUCAAAUAUGUGAUUGAUUUCUGCCUGGCCCGUCACUUGGUCUGCGAUCAGGAUACCAACUAUCAGUCUCUGCGUCUCACCUGGGCAUCCAAAACCAACUGCAACCAGCGUCGAGGCAGGGCAGGUCGAGUGUCUAAGGGCUACUGUUACCGUCUCGUUACCAAGGAGUUCUGGAGGAAUGACAUCCCAGACUACAUGAUCCCUGAGAUGCUGCUUGCCCCGUUGGCCACCAUCAUGCUGAAGGUGAAGCUGCUGGACAUGGGAGAUCCCCGCUCCAUCCUUUCCACAGCCCUCUCACCCCCCAACCUUGGUGACAUAGUGAGGACAGUGCUUCAACUCAAAGAAAUGGGCGCACUAUCUGCGAAAAGCGAUGGCAAGGGUCACAAUGAUGAUGGCGAACUAACGUUCCUGGGCCGAGUGCUGGCCCACUUGCCCGUGGACCUGAACCUGGGGAAGAUGAUUGUCCUGGGCCACAUCUUUGGCUGCCUGGAUGAGUGCCUCAUCAUAGCUGCCUCGCACUCUCUGAAGAGUUUCUUUGCCAUCCCAUCCAUGCAGCAGCUCGCGGGCCACAGGAGCAAGUUGGCCUUUGCCCGUGGCACACCAAGUGAUUCCAUAGGUUUUGUCAAUGCCUUCAAGGCAUGGCACUCAUCCAAAAAGAAAGGACAGCUGAGACACCCAAAGGACGAGCUGGACUGGGGGAAAGAGAACUUCAUCCAGAUCAAGAGGAUCAGGGAGGUUGCAGAGCUGUAUGAGGACCUGAAGAAGCGCGUGUCCCAGUUCAACAUGCAUGUGCCGGGGAGCACUCAACCUUUGGAUUACACCAGCGCACACAGGCAGAAGUUCAUUCUUCAGGUGGUCAUUGCUGGUGCCAACUACCCCAACUACUUUAUCCAGGGAGAAAUAGAUGAAGACCUGGCCUCCAGAGGGUUGAGUGGCUUCAACCCCAGAACAACAGUGAUGGUGAGGAACCUCCCUCCGUACCCUUUCCUGUAUUACAAGCAGCUGCAGUCCCUGUUCCGCCUGUGUGGACAGGUCAAAGCCAUUUCCUUUGAGUGCUCCAGAGCAUAUGUGGAGUUCUACAGGACAUCCCAAGACUCGGGGGUGCAGCCUGAGGUGUCUCUUGCCCUCCUCCUGUCACAGCAGAGUCCUCCCAUGGAGCUGUCCGUCUUCCCCAUCGAACAAAUAGAGAUCUGUUCUGGGGGUAGAAACAUAAGUCACAUGAAAUAUGCACGGGUGAAUGUGGACUUCCAGAGCCAGUCUGUCUGCCCAGUGGGAGUGGUGAGCGGGGGCAUCGACCCAGACAAGCUACCCCCCAACCCCUUGUUCGUGGUCAACAUCACAGAGGUGGUGGAGGUGGGUAACUUCUGGGGCUUCCAGGCAGAUGAAGCCAGCCUGCAGAAGCAGCGCAACCUGACAGCAGAGAUAAACUCGCGUACGCUGCACCCUGUAACCGUGUCGCUCUACCCCAACCUGCUGUGUCUGGCUCCUUACUCUGAGAUCAAUGAGCAGAACAAGUACUACCGUGCCAAGAUCCUGCACAUGCGUGGCAAUACAGUGGAGGUGUUCUUCUUGGACUUUGGCAACACAGUGGUUGUUGCCUGCAGCAGCCUCAGGGAGCUCCCGUCUGACCUCCUGUCUCACCCAUUCCAGGCUCAGGAGUUCCAAGUUACUGGAAUGCAUCCUUCAGCUCAGUCCAUCAUCCUGGGCAACCAGUGGAGCAGCCGAGCCCGCGACCGGUUCAUCACACUGGUGAAGGGCCGUUCGCUCAUUGUGUCGCUGUACUCCAUCCUCCACGGUGUCAUUCGUGUGCAGCUGCUCAUCAACACAGAGACAACAAACACCAGCGUGGUAGACAUCUUGGUGGAAGAAGAACACGCUGUGAAGGCCGAAGAGAGCUUCGAUUCCAAGCAAAACCAUGAGGCACUGAUGUCCCUGUACAAGGACAUGGAAAGUGGUACAUAUGUCCCCAACGCUGCCAGCAGCUCCUGGAAAGAUCGCAAGAAAGAGGAGAAGCAGCUCAUUGACAACCUGCUCGCCCACUUUUCCAAGAGCCGCCAGUCCCAAUUCAAGACAAAGGUUCAUCUGCAUGGACCAAACAGUCCUCAUAAGAUAAACUUCCACAGCUUGAGCCACAAGACCUUCUACAAGACAGUGUGUAUAGAGAGAAGCAGCAUCAACUCCUUGGCUGUGAAUGAAAACCCUCACUACAAACAUCAGAGGAUGCUGGUGGCUGGGGCUGUGUCAGUCAACUCCACAGGGACACGUAUUCUACUGAAAGAUACCUCCAUCAUGCCAGACAUCCCCGGACUGCCUGCACUCCUAACCAUGCUCUUCACCCCCAUCAUGGAGUUACGCACUAAUGAAGAGAGGACCUGCUACACCGGCACCCUCUGUGGCCUGGGCUUUAACAGUCAGACACAGGAGGGCGUCCUACCUGAGCACGACAUCGAACUCACCUUCGACGUCAAGUUUGACGUUGAAGACAUCACUGAGAUAAAUGCUUUGCGAGUGGCUAUAAACCGUCUGGUGUGUGAAGGGCCCAGUGGCACGAUGCAUCUGGGGCCCGACAGGAUCAGCCACCUGCAGGAGGACUGCCGGGACCGCCUCAUAAGGCUGUUCACCAAGUCACCGCCGAGGGAAGCUGUCGAUCAAGUGUACUACGAGAAACCCGAUAAAUGGAACCAGGUGGAUCCUGCUCUGAAGAUGGAUAUUGUUGAGCCUGGGAGAGGAAAGAGCAGAGGCGUUCUCUUCGAGCUGCAUCCCGUCACUCUCCUCAACAGCUAAAAAGUCACUGUACUUCUUGCAUUUUUGUUGAAAUGGAACUGAUUCUAAUGUUGUUUUAUACACAGUUGCCUGGAAUAUUUUAUUUAUUUACGUUCAGAGGAGUAUAUUUUUUUAAAGUUUAAAUAGGGCUGUAGCUUUCAGCAGCACAGCAAAAUCCUCAAUCUUUACUUUGUUGUUUGCAGCUACCACUGGAGUAGUAGUUCUUCCCUGUUUAAACAAGUGACUGCUGAUGAGAAAUGUAAAAGUUAAUUGAUGAGAAUCAUCCUGUACAGCUCUUUGUAACAGCGCUUCAGCAGUGGGCCAUUAAAAAUAGUUGUUUGCAACAGA